UUUCUCGGUGUUUCUUUAGCGAGAGUCACAUGACCCUGAUGUCAGUGCUAGCAGUGGUGAUAAAGUGUCAAAUGCGGGCUUAUUGACCUCUAAACCUCUUCAUACAGACAGAAGAAAUCUGAGACCAGUUAACACCGACUGUAUUAGGUUUUUCUUCUCAGUAACAUUGCUUUAUAAGUCUUCUACUUUCGUCUGUCUUUUUGUUUUUCUCUUUUUUUGCGACGCCAACGUUAGCCUAGCUAGCACGGUCCAGCUAACGGUAGCUAACUAGCUGUUUGUUGUGGUGUUGCGAUUUUUUUUUUUUAUCCCGGAGGAAAAAAAAACAUGAUCUCUGCUGGCGGACAGCCUUGGCGUUGGAUGGGAGUGAUGUUACCGCUCAUUUUAGCUGCCUUCCUGCAUCAGAGUUUUGCCACGGUCACCACGCCGACGCCCGCUCAAACCACCGCUGCACCACACAAAGAUCCCGGUCGGCCCGACAGAGGGAAGUACAACGUGACCAACAGCAACAACACCGUGUGUCUACUGGCUUACAUGGGCCUGCAGCUCAACAUCACUUACAACUCCACCUCCCAGAACAAGACCGUGCAGGAGGUGGUGAACGUCAAGCCCAACGUGACGCUGGCUUCAGGCUCGUGCGAAGCAGACAGGGCCGUGCUGGAGCUGAAGACCGACGCGAAUAAAACCGUGCUCACCUUUGUCUUCACUCAGAAUAUGACGUCCGGUACGUACCACCUGAGCGAAGCAUCUCUGACGACAAGUGUGCUGGGUCUGAAGGAGGGAAACUUCUCCGCUAAGAACAGCAGCCUGGACUUCCUGCCUGGAACUCUUGGAUACUCCUACAUGUGCCGCAUGGAGCAAACUCUGACUGUGACCCAGAAUUUGUCCAUCAACACCUUCCAGGUGCAGCUGCAGCCCUUUGGGGUGUCGGGAAACGCUUUUGGAGCAGCUGUGGAGUGCCAGCUGGAUGAAGACGACAUGUUGAUCCCCAUCAUAGUGGGAGCAGCUUUGGCGGGGCUUGUCCUCGUCGUGCUCUUGGCCUACCUCAUCGGCAGGAAGCGGAGCCACGCCGGCUACCAAACCAUCUGAGCUCAUGGAGCGGUUACCAGAUGCCAGAGCAGGGCUUCCCCCAUCCUGAAUUUAACCACGCCACCUUUUCCCCCCCUCUCUGUCCCUUCAUCCUUUAUCUAUCUGUGUGUUUACUCUUCUUCUUCGGCUUC